CCUCGGGGGUCUUCGGACACAAGCUUCGGCUCAUUUCGGAGAACCGCCCGAACGUCAAAGACGCGUCGUGUGUUGGUGCCUCUUUUCGGGGGUCAAGCAAGUCCUGGGCGAUUUUUGGUCGGGUUCGGACGUUGACAAGCGAGCACAAGCUCAAUACAACCGCGACGGAACCGUCAGCUCGGCCUAGGAUGUUCCCGCCGAGGCAGAGGAGCGGUCCUGGCGGUGGAGCAUGAAGCGCUGCUCGGGGUCCCAGCCGAGCCUCCAGCGAGAAGACAGACGAGGAAGACAAUGGCGGUGCGGGGAAGAACGAAGCUGUUUGAAGUCUGCUGUUUGCUGCUUUUGACGACCGGAAGUGGCCAUUGCCGAGGCUCCCGGCAGACUCAGCAUUUGUCCUCCUACCAGCUGACCGUCCCUCGGCCAAUCGGAGGCCGCCCGAGGAGGGACGCCGACGGUUCACCGCCCAAUCAGGCGUCGUACGUGAUCAGCGUGGCGGGCCGCGACCGCGUCGUCCAUCUGGAGAGGAACCAGCUGCUGCUUCCUGAUGACUUCACUGUCUUCACGUACGCACACGACGGAUCGCUGCUCACGUCCGCACCUGUUGUCAAGAAACACUGUCACUAUCGGGGCUUCGUUGAGGACAUGGAGGGCUCGUCCGUCGCCAUGAACAUCUGCAACGGCCUCAGAGGUGUGAUGCAUCUGGACAACCACAGCUACGCCAUCGAGCCGCUAGACUCCGCCCCCGAGCAGCACCUGCUGUACCGCCUACAGGACGUGACAUCACAGCCACGAGGGUGUGGGACACGGCAUGGAGACCCCGCCCACAACAACACCGAGCGCGCUCAGUUCAAACCGCAAGAGAUCCACCAGCACAGCAGGGUGAAGCGAGCUGUUCUCCAUCGGACACACUAUGUGGAACUACUGCUUGUUGUUGAUAAUGAAAGGUACAACGCCAUGAACAGGAAUGAGAGCGCAGUGAGGGAGGAGAUGGUAGAACUGGCCAGCUACAUUGACAGUAUCUACGUGCAGCUGAACAUCAGGGUGGUCCUGGUGGGUCUGGAGAUCUGGACCACGCAGAACCUCAUCAGCACGGAGGGAGGAGCCGGCGAGGUACUGAGCCGCUUCACCCAGUGGAGAGAGAAAGUACUGCUGCCUCGCCGCCGCCAUGACUCAGCACAGCUCAUCCUGAAGAAGAGUUUUGGGGUGACCGCAGGGAUGGCGUUUGUCUCCACCGUGUGUUCCAGAAGUCACGGCGGCGGCAUCAACGCGUUCACCCACAACAACGUCGCUGCCUUCGCCUCCAUCGUGGCUCAUGAGCUGGGUCACAACCUGGGCAUGAACCACGACGACAGCCGCUCGUGCACGUGCCCCUCUGACGCCUGCAUCAUGAGCGCUGAAGCCAAGAAAGAUGCCACCGUCUUCAGCAGCUGCAGCGCCGACGACUUUGAGAAGAUGAUCCUGUUGACGGGGGGGUCGUGUCUACUGAACGUGCCGCAGCCCGACGAGGCGUACAGCGCCCCCUACUGCGGGAACAGACUGGUGGACUUUGGCGAGGAGUGCGACUGUGGAUCGCAGAAGGAGUGUGAGAGCGACCCCUGCUGUGAGUUCAAGACAUGCAGACUCAAGCCAGGAUCUCAGUGUGCCGACGGAGAGUGCUGCUACAACUGUCAGUUCCGUCCGGGCGGCACCGUGUGUCGCUCCAGCACAGACGAGUGCGACCUGCCCGAGUUCUGUAACGGCUCGUCCUCGCUCUGUCAAAGUGACGUCUUCGUGCAGAACGGUCAGGCGUGCCGGAAGCAGCAGGCCUUCUGUUACAACGGCAGGUGUCGGCAUGGCGAGGACCAGUGUCGGAGCAUCUUCGGGCCCAAGGCCAAGAUGGCCCCCGAGAUCUGCUUCAAAGACGUCAACAGCAAAGGCGAUCGCUUCGGAAACUGCGGCUACCAGAACUACGGCUACAAGAAGUGCGAGAGCAGAAACGCCAUGUGCGGCAAGCUGCAGUGCUCCAACGUGCAGGGCGUGAAGGUGUUCGGCAUCGACCCCUCCAUCAUCAGCACACCCAUCGGCGGCGCCGUGUGCUCCGGGGUGGACUUCAUGCUGGGAUCAGACGUGCCGGACCCGGGAAUGGUGAACGAAGGCACCAAGUGUGGCGAGGACAAGGUGUGUCUGAACUUUGAGUGUCGCAGCGCCGACGUCCUGAACUUUGACUGCGACGUGGAGACGAAGUGUCACGGUCACGGGGUGUGCAACAACAACAAGAACUGUCAUUGUGAGGACGGCUGGGCGCCGCCCUUCUGCCAGGUCAAAGGUUACGGGGGAAGCGUGGACAGCGGCCCCACCUGGAACGACAAAGACACCUCGCUGAGGGACGGCCUGCUGCUCUUCUUCUUCCUGCUCCUUCCCCUCGCCGCGCUGGGAGGCUUCCUGUUCCUGCGCAGGGAGCGGCUGCUGCGCCGCCUGGGCCGCAGGGGGCGCUCCCAAGGAUACCAGCCCGAUGGCGCGGCGUCUGCCAAUCCCAGUAGAGGACCGCCUCCCCGGGCUCAGCCACCAUCUUUUGCCCGGGACAACGGCAACAACAUCCUGCGAGACGGGCGUCAUGGUCAACUGCUGCCUCCGCACAAGGUGGUGGAGACCAGCAGCCCCACCCCUUCAUACAGCGCGAGGCCGCCGCCGCCGCCCCUGAAACCCAAACCGCCCGCCGCGUCACAGCCUCUGGUGCCUCAAAGACCUGCCCCUCUGCCGCCUGUUUAACCAUCCAGGUGGCCCCGCCCACCACGCCAGGACUUCACAUCGCCUCCUUUUACCUCAGCCCCGCCCACUCUGAGCUGUUCCCUCGCGACAGCCGGGAAGCACGCCCGGAUGCUAGUUUGCGAGCAUGUGCGGCACGCAACGACGUCCUCUCCGAUUGGGCGGGAGGCGGAGCCUGCACGCUUGUUGACUGAAAACACUGGUCUGCACUGUCACUGGAAUGUAAAACCCCAGCAUGCAACGCGGCGUGGGGGUACGAUGACAUAACUGCGCUGGGAAGCACCCCGUCUCCCCGAAACAUCCUUGACCCUCGCCACACCUGCCGCGUGGAACCGGGAGGCGUCAGUGACUGGACCAACAGGCCCCAAGUGGGGAAAGGAACACACCUUGGCAUACCUGCCACAGAACGGACACAAAAUGGAGGCUACAAGUGCUUGGUACUUGACAUCACACCAAACGUGCGACGCCCGCAUUGCUAUCUUAUUUUCCCUCCGCUUUUGUGAUAUAAUCAAGUGAGCUGAGUUUUUUUCUGUACGUUUCCAACAUUUCACAGCCCGCGUCUUUACAAACACAUUGGCUUCAUGUAAUGUCCUCGCUAUUGCUACUGCCUCAUUCUCACUUUAGGAGGCCUUGCACAUGGCUGGUUACCAUAGUAACCACUUCAAACGAGGAUGCUCGUGGUGCACAUACACGUAAAAAUGACAUUUAAACCGCGCUAUGUAAUCAUUAAAUAUAUUUUAUGUGA